GGGGCUUGGCAGUUUUCCCCCCCAAUUGCUUGUCCAAACCCCCGGGCGCCUCCCCAGGUGAUUCUGAGGUACGGAAGGGGUGGGAUCCAGUCGUGAGAUUGUUGCUCAAAUGGUGGGUGGAACCACGUGUUCCGGCAGCACCUAAGUGGGGAGGGGCUAAGUGGGCUGAUUGCUCGGGGCCACCGCUGCUGGUGAGUCCCCGGGGUGGAGCCGCACAGCCGCGAGCCUUUGACCAGCGCCCUGGCCCCUCGCAGGACGUGAGAACCCUGGUGGGAGAAGAGCCUGAAGGGACCACCUAUGCUUUUCCAAACAAGUUCUUCCAGCUCUUUAGAUGAAAUAUAAGGAAAAAGAAUACAGACAACCAUGGAAAGUGAGGACACAGACAAAAUGCAAGAAAUGAAGACUGACCUAAACUUAUUAUUGGAGUGUCUAAAGUAUCAAAUGGACAACCCUUUUUCACAAAAGGAAGCUUUGGUCACAAUUCAUUCAAUUUGUCAACAAAACAGUAACGCUGGUAUUUAUUUUCGGGAAAUUGGUGGUUUGAUGUUUGUAAAAAAUCUUGCAAAGUCAAGUGAACAUAGCAUGGUAAAAGAAGCAGCCUUGUAUACAUUAGGAACUGUUGCAGAAAAAAAUGUUUACUGUCAGCAGACUUUGUGCACUUCAGAGUUGUUUGAAGACUUAACCUGGUUCUUAUCUAAUAGUGAUUCGAACACAAAUUUGAAAAGAAUGUCUGUCUAUAUGAUUUUGGUUCUGGUUUCAAAUAAUAGGACUGGACAAACGCUUGUGAGAGAAACAGGUUGUAUUACCGUUCUGUCACAGUUGUUCAGGACAGUUCUUUCAAAACAUGAGUUGAAUUUGUCAGAUAAAAAUGUUUCCCAGAGUUACCAGUUGUGGUCUUCCAUAUGUAGUACUCUGUGUGUAUGUGUCAACAAUCCUCAGAAUGAUGAGAAUCAAAUGUAUUGUUGUUCACUUUUUCCACAUGCUAAUGAGUGGCUAAUAAAUUGCAUGAAACCUGAGAUAAUUCGCCCUAUUUGCUCAUUUAUUGGACUCACUCUUGCAAGUAACACAUAUGUUCAGAAAUACUUUAUAUCUGUGGGUGGACUGGAUGUAUUGUCUCAAGUUCUUGUGCAACUGGAAUCUGAUUCACACAAGACUCUUUCCAGUGCUAAGCUUGCAGUGGUGGUGACAAAGACAGUGGAUGCAUGUAUUGCUGAUAAUCCUACUUUCGGGGUAGUACUUUCCAAGUACCACAUUGUUUCAAAACUUCUGUCAUUAUUGCUUAAUGGAAGUCUGGAUCCAGGAGAAAAAUUCAGCAUCAUACUUACUCUUGGGCAUUGCACAGAAGAUUGUGAGGAAAAUCAGUAUGACCUAUUUAAAAAUAAUGGACUUCCACUCAUGAUACAAGCCUUAACUGAAUCUCAGAAUGAGGAACUAAACAAAGCUGCCACUUUCGUGCUUCACAACUGCAGAAGAAUUACUGAGAAAUUGUCUCUAAGUCUAGGAGAAUAUUCUUUUGAUGAAAAUGAAGCAGAACAAUCGAAGGACAUAAAUGUGAAAGAUAAGAAUCUUGAAGAGCAUUGGAAGAAAGCAAAAGAAAUUCUACACAGGAUAGAACAGCUUGAAAGAGAAGGAAAUGAGGAAAAAAUACAAGGAGAAAACUAUUCAUCUGUGAACAUAAAUACUCAGAAUAAACUGAAACAUCUCCAUGCAGAUAGUAUUGGUGGAGGUACCAAAUCAGAAGAUAAGGAUAAAAGCCAGUCUACACAGCUUCAGAGUUAUGAAUCCUGUGGAGUUAUGUGUAAAGCGUGUGCAAAUGAUGACCUAAUGAAGAACUUGUCAAAGAGUGCAAAUCCAGUUGAUGAGUGUUAUAGGGAGAGUGGGCAAAAUAAGACUUUACAUAAAGCCAAUUCAAUAUGCAAACAGAACUUACAUGAAGAAAUGACUUUUGAAAAAAAGAAUUUUGUUUCUCAGUCAAGUGACCGUGUUUUUAAGCAUCCAACUCAAAUUGUCAAAAAUAGAAAGGAGUUACCAGUAACAGAUCCAUUUACGUUAUGUUCAGACAUAAUAAAUAAAGAAGUCGUCAGUGUUCUAGCAACUGACAGUUGUUCCAAAAUGUUGAAGUAUAGGUGCUCAGGUUGCAUGGCAGUAGGAAAAUCUCUGAAUAGCCGAAAUUUUAGCAAGCUCUUGCACUCUUGCUCAUACCAGUGUGAUCGUCACAAAGUCAUUGUGGAAGCUGAAGACAGAUAUAAAAGUGAACUAAGGAAAUCACUUAUUUGUAACAAAAAAAUUCUGCUGACCCCACGGAGAAGACGACGACUCAGUAAUGAAUUUACUGCUCCUGGAGGAAUAAAAAAAAGAAGAGUUCGUAAAAACUUUACUGAAGAAGAAGUGAACUACCUUUUCAAUGGAGUUAAGAAAAUGGGAAAUCACUGGAAUUCAAUUUUAUGGUCUUUCCCCUUUCAGCAAGGACGGACGGCUGUGGAUCUUGCACACAAAUACCAUAAGUUGACCAAACGCCGCAAGUGUGCAUCUCCUUGAUUGGAAGAAGACUUUGUCAGUUUUUUGUUUGGACUCUUAAAAUGCAGUCCUUUGAAAGAUAAAAAAUUUUGAAUAUUCUUCUAAACUCUCACAAAACAGAGAAUGUGGAAAUGAGGGUGCCGUUUUAAACAAACAGUUUUUGUGGUUCUGGAACUCAUUAAAUUAUUAUAAUUUAUAAAGCACAUACAUUAUCAGUGUGCAGAUUAAAAAGAUAAAAGUCCUUCAUAAAGUCAAACAUUUAGGAAUGUGCUUUUAUUUUUCCUUAAGCUCAAAGAACAUAGCUCAAAAAAAAAAAAAUUAUCAGCCUUUAAAUAUUAUUUGACAUUAUACUGCAGUGAAUACUAUGUAAGACAUUUGGAUUUUAGUCUUUUUGCCCAGGUCCAAAGUCCCUCCCCUGAACCCAGAAAGAGAGAAGUUUCCCAGGCUGUUCAGCUGCGGGUCCCACAGACUAAAUCAAUGUUUGACACUUUCUUUAAUUAAAAUGUUUCCUCUUCUAAAGGCUAA